AUGUCUGCCCCGCUUAAUCCAGCUGAAAAGGUCGACGGCCUCCCGGAGCCUUGGCUUCGACAGUUUGACAGCUCGUACGGGUGUUACUUUUACAUUGACCCGUCCACCAACCCCCCAACCGUGUCGUGGGUCCAUCCCCUCGAGAAGGAUGGCGCGAUGCACCCCGAGCAGAUCCAGGCCAUCAAGAAUACCAUUGACCAGGAGCUCCAGGCCGAGGGCCACGCCGCCCCGCCCCCCUUCGACCCAGCCAACCCGGGCAACAACCCUUAUCUCCAAGCUCCUACGCCCCAGCCGCCUCAAGAGAAGCCAAAGCGCCGCCGCAACUAUGAUGUGGCCGACGGACAGCUACUCGAGAAGAUGGGCAAGCCGCUCGCCGAGGUCGAGGCCGAGGAGAGGGCCAAGCUCGAGGCGGAGAAGCGCGCAGCAGCCCAACACCAGGCGCAGCAAGACCCCGUGCAGAGCCGUGGUGCCCUGUCCUCGCUACUUGGUGCUGCCCUGAGCGGCGGAGGAGGCCGUCACAGCGGGAUGGGUUACGGCGGCGGCGGCAUGGGCGGUAUGGGGAUGGGAGGAAUGGGCGGCAUGGGAGGAAUGGGAGGCAUGGGUGGAGGAGGCCUCGGCAUGCUCCUCGGCAGCAGUAUGGGUGGUCGCCCAAGCCGCUACAACGGCGGAUACUCUGGUGGGUGCUACACGCACUCGAUGGGCCCGCCUCCGUUCGGCAUGUACAGCCCCAUGAUGGGCGGCGGCAUGGGUGGCAUGGGCAUGGGUAUGGGAGGGAUGGGAGGGAUGGGAAUGGGGGGAAUGGGGAUGGGAGGCAUGGGAGGCAUGGGAGGCAUGGGCGGCAUGGGCAUGGGCGGCAUGGGCAUGGGAGGUAUGGGAGGUAUGGGUGGCGGCUCGGCGCUCGGAAUGCUCGCUCCCCUGCUCAUGGGUGGCAUGGCCGGUGGGAUGAUGGGCGAUAUGAUGUCUGACAGAAACGACGGCGACUAUGGCGGCGGGUUUGGCGGCGGGUUUGGCGGCAAUGGCUCUGACAGCGACUAG